AUGCCGCCUACGCCGCCAACAACCGGUAACAAAGCCGAAGAUGGCUCAAAGAAAAUGGUACAGCCAGAUCUUUAUCGUGUCGGAGUACGAUUACCACCAUUCUGGCCGGAAGAACCGGCGGUGUGGUUCGCGCAAAUAGAGGGUAGCUUUGCGCUCUCGGGGAUAAAAGACGAUGAUACCAAAUACUAUUACGUCAGCGCCCAGUUAGAGCAUCGAUACGCAGCAGAAGUUAAAGACAUUCUCGUCAAUCCACCGGCGAAGAAUAAAUACGACACGCUGAAAUCCGAAUUGAUAAAGCGCCUGUCAGCUUCACGUGAAAAGGAGUUGACUCAGCUACUAAUGCAUGAAGAGCUCGGAGAUAGGCGGCCUUCGCAAUUUUUGAGGCACUUACGCCACCUGGCAGGGAGAGAUAUACCGGAUGAUUUUAUACGCACGGUGUGGACCAGCCGCUUGCCCACAAGCCUACAGACCGUAAUAGCAUCGCAACCUGAAUCUACUCUGCAGGCACUCGCUGAUCUGGCAGACAAGGUACACGAUCUGGUACCACCAUCACCCCAAGUCGCUUCGGCUGAUGCCGUACCAGGAUCCCUUCUGGAGAAGCUCACCAAAGAAGUCUCUGAACUCAGCCGGCAAGUAAAAGCCCUAUCCACCAGAGACAGAGGUAGGUCUCCAUCAAGAAACUCGAGCAAACAACGCAGGGAGCGCACUAGGUCACAAUCAAGCUAUCGGAAGUUUCCCAACUGCUUCUAUCAUCAUAAAUAUGGUGAUAACGCAAGAACUUGCGUCAAACCUUGCGACUUCUCUUCAUCGGAAAACGGUCGGGGCGGUCGGUAA